UUUGCCACUCCAAGUGGAUAAUGAGGCGAGAUAACAAGCCACACGGAACACCGACACCCUUUUGGCAGGUUCUUAACAUUAACAGUGUCCUCGAUAACUACAAAAGCUUAAGCCAAGAGUCAGCAAAAGUGCAAGCACUGGUGUUAAGAAGAGACGAUGAGUUCAGUAACGGCAACAACUCGGCAAGUGGAUAAUGCUUUCCUUUCUGCCAGGGGGGCAAAGACUGCAUCCUACAAGGACUUCCUAUAUGACACCUUUGCUAAAGUACUUGAAAAUAUAUUUGAUGCUAAACAAAAUCCUCAAGGUACAGUGAAUCUAGGCACCUCAGUGAACUGCCUAAUGGAGGAGGAGUUAACCAGUAGGUUAAUGCAGGGGGAUGCCCUCAAUGUCCUGACCAAGCACCUACAAUAUGCACCUUGGUCAGGUUCUUUGAAAGUGAGGGAAGCAGUGGCAAAUUUUCUCAACAGGCACCUUCACCCCAGGCAGGCCAUCCUGCCAAACAAUUUGGUGCUAGGAUGUGGAGUAACAUCAUGCUUGGACGCCUUAGCCCAUACUCUGUGUGAUGCUGGAGAUGUCAUCAUAACACCAACUCCAGUAUAUGCUCGUAUCUUCACAGACGUCCGUGACGUUUCAGAUGUCUGUGUCGAGCCUCUAGUGUUGUCUGACAAGGAGGACUCAAAUGGAGUGAGGUUUAGCCUAGAGGCAAAUUCUCUGGAACACUGCAUCAAGAAACUGAAGACAGAGGGACGUCGAGUUAGGGCCUUUAUUCUCAUCAAUCCCCAUAACCCCCUUGGGGAUAUCUAUCCUCCAUCCCUUGUCGCUCAACUGAUGGAUGUCUGUGCCAGGCAUCAGAUUCACUUCAUUUCCGAUGAGAUUUAUGCACUGACCGUGUUUGACGAGGAUUCUACAUUCCGAAGUGCAUUAACUCUGGACCUGCCUGACCCACAUCGCACGCACAUACUCUGGGCAGUGAGCAAGGACUUUGGUUUUGCUGGGGCACGUUUUGCAACAAUUAUAACAUUUUCUGAUGAAGUGCUUGCCUGCCUGAGUAACGCUGCUGCCUUUAAGAAUAUUCCACUCAUCAUGCAGCAUGCCAUCGCCACUCUUCUUAAUGAUACUGCUUGGUGUGAUGAAUAUUUCCUUCCGACUAACAAGAAACGGAUUGCUCAAAAUUACAAGAUAACGCUUGAACACUUAGAGAAGAUGGGUGUGACAGUUAAAAAGUCAAAAGCAGGUCUCUUUGUGUGGUUUAAUGUCCAGGCAUUCAUGAAACAGCAAACUGAGGAGGAAGAGAUGGCAUUAUAUGGAGAGCUGUUAGAUGCAGGACUGUACAUAAAUCCUGGAGCAAGGAUGUACUGUUCUUCACCAGGUUGGAUGAGGUUAAUCUUUGCUGUCAAGCUCCCAGUACUUGAGGAAGGGCUCAAGCGUCUCGAGAGCGUAUUGAUGGCAAGGAAGAGGAAACUAGACUAGACUUUUCCAGCUCCGGCCGCUGAUGUGUUAUCCAGUUUCAUCAACAAUAAAAUAGUUUACUAUAUUUUAGUUUAAAACUACCAUACUGCCAGUUUAGAUGACAUAAGCUUAAGGCAAAAUUGUGUGUUAAUGGUCCUUCAUAUCACAUAUCCAAGAAAUUAGUGGCAGAAAUUGAUCAUGAAAUAAUCAGCCCUGAAGAUAUGCAAAGACCACUCCUAUCUCACCACAAAGCCUUGACAGUACAGAAUGAGAUUUUUACUUUGUGUGAUCAAACAUGGUCUUAGUAUACCACAUAGAAGUUAUAUCACAUGUGAUAUGAUUGUAUGGUACUACAGCAUUAGUCUUGUGAGCACUGUAAUAGUUUUAAUCUCCAUAACUGUUCUGUAAUCUUGUAGUUUGUAUUAUAUAGAAGAAUUGUUUAAAUGGUAGGACUGUUGUUAAUGCAGGUACAGUAAUAAAUGCAGGUACUAAAAAUAUAUUAUUUAACUGUUAAUAAUUUUUGCCUCGUUAUUUCUGUACGAUAGCCUCUGUAUACAUUAUAGUACUAGAGAGGUACAAUAAUGUAUACAGAGGCUAUUGUACAGAAAUAAUGAGGCAAAAACAUAAAAUUUUUGUUCUCGACUUUAUCCUUGUGUAUUUUUUAAAUGGAAAGGAGAGGUGGGGAAAGAAGGAUAAAGCUUCACUAAUGUGUUAUAUCUUACUAGUAUAACUAUGAAUUUUCAUAUAAGUACAGAAUUUACUUGAAUGAGAGUUCUACACAUGAUAGGCAAUAUCACACUGGCUUUUUUUUAAAACAAAUGAUAACACAAAACAAAUAUGAAAAUUGCACAGAAACAAUAAUGUUACAAAAUACAGUACUGUACUGUAUAUAUACAGCCAUAUAUCAUGCUAUAAUUUUUAAUCAUCUUCAAUCAGGUUAAUACUUGAACAAUUCUGACCUAACCUGCCAUGUACUGAUUGGUUGCCACCAUGUUAGGAGUCUCAUCUUAUCAUUAAAAGGAAAAUACUGUAUGUACACUGCAAUCACAAUCUAUAUUUGAAGUGAAAGCAUGGAGUGUGUAUUAAUACUGUGUCAAAUAAGUUGAUCAUAUGAUUUAGCAUUUAUUGUCAGAAAUGAAUGCUGAAAAGUACUGUACUCGCUGAAAGUACAACAACAACAACAACUAUCAGGGGAACGUGCCAAGCCAUUACGACUAUAUAGCACUUGGAAGAGGUCAGGAUAAGGAUUUGGGAUAGGACGGAGGGGAAGGAAUGGUGCCCAACCACUUGUGGACGGUCGGGGAUUGAACGCCGACCUGCAUGAAGCAAGACCAUCGCUCUACCGUCCAGCCCAAAUAAACAAAAGAGGUUGUUGCUACAGUGGCUUGCUGAAUCGACAGCAUUGAUUAGUUAAAUCUUCAGUCAUACGCUCUCCUUGAGAGUUGGUACUCUUUGUGCCAAAUCACCCAUGUAAACUGUGCACAAUGAGCAAAUACGAUGUAACGUAUGCUGUCAAUAAGUUAAAACAUCCGCAUAAUGCUCUUAAUUCAGCCUAAAAGCUGUGGCUAGGGGAAAGAGCAGAAAGUUUAUAUUUAGUAAUUAAAGGAAGCCUUUAUGAUGUAAACUGUCAAGGCAUUGGAGUGUUGACAGGUGCUGACAAAUAAGGUGGGCGACUAUAAUCUAUCUUCACAUGUCAUAGAAACAUGACAAUAUCUUUAACAAAAUAAGAUCUUGGUGCAGUCCACAUAGAGAUAUUAGAUAUGAGUUACCCAGCACAAACUAUUAUCAGAAAUUACCCUCAACAAUUUAGUGUUAUCCUCAUAACACAAUCUGUACUAAGAGUGACAAUGGCACUUCCCUCGAAUGUGGGAGAUUACUCCGUCCACAUUAAAAUCCCUCCUUUUCCACCCAAGAAUAAAAACAAGGAUUAGCUACAGCUUUGUCUUGAGGUAAAGUACAAUGUCUUAAGCCAGACAGAUACUAUAUUCAAACAGUAUUCCUUCUAAGUGUGUGCACUGGUAGUUCUGUUCCAAAUGCCCACUCUGGUGCAGCUGGAAGUUCAGUUGUCUUGACAAUAAGUGAUGGCUCAUAUUUUGAGUGGCCUCGUUCUUUAGACUGAACUAUUGCUAUACUCCUUACACUCAAAUAUGUACACAUCACCAAAAUUUAUACAAAAAUUCUAAGUGAUUUUUUAUAAUUCUUAAUUGUGCUUAACUCUUUAAGACAUAGUUGUAACAUGUUUCUGUAUGAAACUAUAUACAGAUACAACAAAACUGUUAAUGAUGCUAAUAGUCCACAUUGUGUGGAUUGCAUCUCAUGUUGGCCACAGAAUGUCUGAGUUGACUAGAAGGUGAAGGGAUGACGACAUUUUGGUCCGUCCUGGACCAUUCAUUCUGGAUGCAUUCUCAUUCUCACAAUCGACUUGAGAAUGGUCCAGGACGGACCGAAACGUCGUCGUCCCUUCACCUUCUAGUGUGUGGUCUGGUCCACAUUCUUCAGCCACGUUAUUGUGACUUAUCGCCUGCAUGUCUGAGUUAACCUAAUGAGGUCAUCUGUUAUUUUUCUUGAACUUUUUAAAUUAUUGUCAGCUAACUUCUCUUUUAGUAUUAAGUGUUUACUCCUUCAGACCUUUAAAUAAAUUUUGUCCAAAUUAUUUUAAGUUUUACAUGAAACGCUUUGCGUAACAGUGGCUUCAUUAGUUUGUGGAACUUCUGUCCCCACAAUUGUGCAUUACUCUUAUGUUUCUUUGU